AUGUGUAGCAACACGGAUGGCUCGUUUACCUGUCUUUGUAACAAAGGAUUUCGUGUUCAUGGAAAUAACGGAACAUGUGUCGAUAUUGACGAAUGCUUUGAUGACAACGGUGGCUGUGAUCACAUAUGUAGCAAUUUGGAUGGCUCGUUUCGCUGUUCUUGUAACGACGGGUACAGUAUACAUGAAAAUAAAAAGACAUGCAUCGAUAUUAAUGAAUGUCUAAGUAACAAUGGUGGUUGUGAUCACAUGUGUAACAACACGGAUGGCUCGUUUACCUGUCUUUGUAACGAAGGAUUUCGUGUUCAUGGAAAUAACGGAACAUGUGUCGAUAUUGACGAAUGCUUUGAUUACAACGGCGGCUGUGAUCACAUAUGUAGUAAUUUGGAUGGUUCGUUUCGCUGUUCUUGUAACGACGGGUACAAUUUACAUGGAAAUAACAGAGCAUGCAUCGAUAUUAAUGAAUGUCUAAGUAUCAAUGGUGGUUGUGAUCACAUGUGUAGCAACACGGAUGGCUCGUUUAAUUGUUUUUGUAAGGACGGGUAUAGCUUGCAUGAAAAUAAAAGGACAUGUGUCGAUAUUAAUGAAUGCCUUCAUGAUAACGGUGGUUGCGAACAUAUUUGUAACAACACAAAUGGCCUAUUCACCUGCACCUGUAAGAACGGGUAUGAUUUACAUAAAAAUGAUAGGACAUGUACUGAUAAAAACGAAUGCUUCAACAAUAACGGUGGUUGUAGUCACACAUGUAUCAACACUGAUGGUUCAUUUAUUUGUUCCUGUCACGAUGGGUAUGAUUUAAAUACUGACAGGCUAACAUGUAUCGACACUAACGAAUGUCUUGAUAACAACGGUGGUUGUGACCAUAUAUGCACCAACACAGAUGGUUCAUUCAUCUGUUCCUGUAACGACGGGUAUAGGGUACAUGAAAACAACAGAACGUGUGUCGAUGUUAGCGAAUGUCUGGAAGACAACGGUGGUUGCGAUCACACAUGUGUAAUUACGGAUGGAUCAUAUACCUGUUCAUGUCGAGAAGGAUACAUUUUACAUGAAGACAAAAAGACAUGUGUCGACAUAAAUGAAUGCCAAACUGAUAAUGGUGGCUGCGGUCAGUUAUGCAACAACGUAAAAGGGUCUUUCAGUUGUUCAUGUACGGAUGGAUAUAUACUACAUGUAAACAAAAAGGUUUGCAUCGACAUUAAUGAAUGUCUCGAUAACAAUGGUGGCUGUGAACACAAAUGUGAUAAUCUUAAUGGAUCUUUCAAAUGUAUAUGUCAAGACGGAUACAAUAUUGAUUUAGAUUUUGUUUCAUGUUUGGAUAUAAACGAAUGUACAGACAAUAAUGGUAAAUGUGAAGAGAAGUGUAUCAAUUUUGAAGGAACAUACAAUUGUCUUUGUGAACAGAAACGACUUUUAAAUGAGGACGGUUUUACAUGUAAAGAUGUGAGUGAAAAGGCGGUAUCUUCAACUAUUCGCCUCUCAUUAGAAAGUGAAAUAGCUUUAAGAAACUACUCUUUGUAUACAGAAAUAAGGAAAACAUUGGAGAGAUACUUCAGAACGACAACAAAAGCUACUGUUUACGUUUAUGUCAACAGUAUUAGAGCUGGAAGUAUUAUUGUAGAUUACACAGUCGUUAUUGAUGACAAGGAAGAUCAGACUUUUGUAGCUGAUAUUGUUGUUCAUGCGAUUAUGGAUCUAGAUAAAAAAGGAAGCCUUGACAUUGAUGGAAAUCCUGUUCCCGUCAAACCGGAGGACUACCUUAGCAUUAUUGGACCAGUCUUAGGAGCUGUUGCUAUCGUAGUGUCAGUAAUAUUGUUGAUAUUUUGUGCGCUGCUGAUAAGACACUACAGAAAGAAAAGAUGA